UCCUCGGAAAAUGGUGAUGCAUUGCAUUCUCAGAGCCUUUGUUGUGCCGCACGCCCACGCGCGUCCCUCUACCUUUGGAAAUCGAGCAUCUUUCGCGCCUUGUGUGCAUCUCUAGACACGAUUUCCUACCGGAUUCGAUCGAAUCAACGCGGCCCCCGCUCGUGUUCCAAAAUAAAAGUGGAAGCUGCAACAACGCUCAGAGGAAUCUUUCGAUCGUGCCCACAUUCCAUGUAGUUGCAUCCUCCUUCCAUUCUUCGUGAUACAGUGCACUGACCCUACGCGCGUCGUGGCGUCUUUGAAACUUUGAACGAGAAGAUUAAACCUUCCUUCCUUCGUCGUAUCGAGGAGAUUUUUUUUUUUUUUUCUUAAGUUAAUCUUGUGCCAAUCGACGAGAGGUGUCCAACUCCAGUGUGGGUAGAUUCUCCCGUAGGAGCCAUGAGUUAUCAAAUGUCAUCGAAUCAAUCUAGACCAAUGUCUCACGGAAAUUAUCAAGGUUUGGGUGAUUUACCCAUGGGUUCUGCCAAAGAACAAACUUUAAUGUGGCAACAAAACUCUUAUCUGGGUGACUCCGGAAUUCAUUCUGGUGCCGUCACCCAAGCACCAUCUUUAUCGGGCAAAGAAGACGAUGAGAUGGAAGGUGAUCAAUUGAUGUUUGAUUUGGAUCAGGGAUUUGCUCAAGGUUUUACGCAAGAUCAAGUCGAUGAAAUGAACCAACAAUUGAAUCAUACAAGAUCUCAGCGUGUUCGGGCGGCAAUGUUUCCAGAGACAUUGGAAGAAGGUAUAGAGAUUCCCUCCACUCAGUACGAUCCAGCUCAACCUACCGCUGUUCAAAGAUUGGCAGAACCAAGUCAAAUGUUGAAGCACGCAGUUGUCAAUUUGAUAAAUUAUCAGGAUGACGCAGAUCUUGCAACGCGCGCGAUACCGGAAUUAAUAAAGUUGUUAAACGACGAGGAUCAAGUCGUUGUGUCUAAGGCAGCGAUGGUAGUCCAUCAACUUUCCAAGAAGGAAGCUUCUCGCCACGCCAUAAUGAAUAGCUCGCAAAUGGUGGCUGCCCUGGUCCGUGCCAUUUCAAACAGUGACGACCUCGAAUCGACGAAGGCAGCGGUCGGCACGUUGCACAAUUUGUCUCAUCACAGGCAAGGUCUGCUGGCUAUUUUCAAGAGCGGCGGUAUACCAGCUCUCGUGAAGCUUUUGAGUUCUCCGAUGGAAUCGGUCCUCUUUUACGCGAUCACGACACUGCAUAAUUUACUCUUGCAUCAGGAUGGUUCUAAAAUGGCUGUACGACUCGCAGGAGGGUUACAAAAGAUGGUUGCCCUGCUUCAACGGGACAACGUGAAAUUCUUAGCCAUAGUAACCGAUUGCUUGCAAAUUCUUGCGUACGGUAAUCAAGAGAGCAAAUUAAUCAUAUUAGCUUCCCAAGGGCCGAUAGAACUGGUACGCAUUAUGCGUUCCUACGAUUACGAGAAGCUUCUAUGGACGACAUCGAGAGCAUUGAAAGUGUUGUCCGUUUGCCUUAGUAAUAAACCGGUGAUAGUCGAGGCUGGUGGCAUGCAAGCGCUUGCCAUGCAUCUCGGUAAUCCGAGUCAAAGGCUCGUCCAAAAUUGUUUGUGGACGUUACGAAAUUUAUCGGACGCUGGCACCAAGGUCGACGGAUUGGAGGGUUUAUUACAAAGUCUUGUACAAGUUCUUAGCUCUACCGACGUGAAUGUCGUCACAUGUGCCGCUGGUAUUUUGUCUAACCUGACUUGCAAUAAUCAACGUAACAAAGUAACGGUAUGUCAAGUGGGAGGUGUUGACGCUCUUGUGCGUACGAUCAUCUAUGCUGAUAGCCGGGAGGAGAUCAGCGAGCCAGCGGUAUGCGCGCUCCGUCACUUAACGUCACGCCACGUGGAGGCAGAAAUGGCACAGAAUUCUGUCCGCCUAAAUUAUGGAAUUCAGGUUAUAGUAAAACUUUUACACCCGCCUUCGCGUUGGCCGUUGGUUAAAGCGGUGAUAGGAUUAAUUCGCAAUCUGGCGCUUUGCCCCGCGAAUCACGGCCCGCUGCGCGAUCACGGCGCGAUCCAUCAUCUGGUCAGGCUUCUGAUGCGCGCUUUCCCCGAAACGCAACGGCAGCAACGCUCGUCCGUGGCAAGCACCGGAAGCCAGCAAGCGUCAGGCGCGUACGCAGACGGUGGUGUACGAAUGGAGGAGAUAGUGGAGGGUACUGUGGGCGCGCUUCAUAUCCUCGCAAGGGAAUCUCACAAUAGGGUCAUAAUUAGAUCUCAGAACGUGAUUCCGAUUUUCGUACAGUUAUUGUUCAACGAGAUUGAGAAUAUUCAACGUGUCGCUGCAGGCGUGCUCUGCGAGCUCGCCGCGGAUAAGGAAGGUGCCGAAAUGAUCGAGCAAGAAGGUGCUACAGCUCCUUUAACAGAACUGCUUCACUCAAGGAACGAAGGUGUCGCGACAUACGCGGCAGCUGUCCUGUUCCGCAUGAGCGAGGAUAAACCACAGGAAUACAAGAAACGGCUGUCCAUGGAACUUACCAAUUCUUUGUUGCGCGAAGAUACGAAUCUUUGGAAUAACGCUGACUUUGGGAUGGGUCCAGAUCUACAGGACAUGCUUGGCCCUGAUCAAGGCUAUGAUGGUAUGUAUGGACAAGGACCCCCUAGCGUACACAGCAGCCAUGGAGGCCGAGGGUAUCAACCGCAAGGUUAUGACCAGAUACCAGUAGAUUCGAUGCAAGGGUUGGAAAUAGGUGGAGGGUCGACGUAUGGCGCGAUGGACACUAUGGACGUGGCGCACGAGGGUGACCUGAGUUUCGAUCAUUUAGGAGAGCUUCCUGCACCGCCACAAGAUAAUAACCAGGUUGCAGCUUGGUACGACACCGAUCUCUGAGAAAUGUGCCAGCAUCGUAUCUCGCCAAGAGAAACGAAUCCGUGAGGCUCUUGAGUAAUUUCAAUAUAGACUAGUAUUGAAAUUACUAGCUUUGAGACUAGUAUUGAAAUUACUAUUACUAGAAAUCACUCGUUUCGGGGUUAGCGGUAUAAAUGGACGCUCGACUUUCUUUCUUCUUUUUUCUCCCUCCUUUUUUUUCCUUUCUUUUCUCUCUCUCUCUCUCUUUUCCUUGCGAUUCAAUAAAGAUGCGCAUUUCGAGGAAGGUAUAUGUGACGUAGCAAAAGGUAGCCGUGUGAUCGACAAUGGCGAGGCAAUGUCGGCCAGGAUGUCGAAAAAACAAAUGAUAACGAUGAUCGUUCGAACGAGGUGCGAUAUUAUUGGAUAAAUCAUCGUUGAUUAAUUAAAUCAGUAUUAUAUAUCGUGUGUGUAUAUAUAUAUAUAUAUAUAUUUCGUAUAUAUAUAUAUAUAUAUAUAUAUAUAUGUACUUCCACUUUGUUGGAUUUUUUAUUUGACGAAUAAAAUUUGUCGUCGUUUCGUUAUUACAUCGACAUUUAGCCAGCAUUGUUUCGACGUUGCCGAUUGUUCGAGUUGUAUUAUAUAAAUUCGUGAAAAAAAAAAACCUAUCUGCGAAUCGCGAUUAUCUAUGAAUACCGCCAACACCGAAACGAUAGUAUCAUUCUUGAGUAUCAGUGAAUUACAAUCAAGUAUAAAUAUAAAUGAAUAUCAAUGAACUUUCGCAUUACGUAUUUUACAGGGUAGUUAUACUUAAUUUUUAUUAUUAUCAUUAACGUAGCUACGCAAUCGUGGCGGUACUUUGCCUCGUUCGAUGCUCUGUACGCGCCUCCGAUCGCUGUCGAUGUAUUAGACCUAAGUGAGAGACACGUAAUUCAUACACACCAUGUAUAUGUAUCAUUUAAUUGUUCAUACGAAUAAACUGAACGAUUAAGUAUUAUUCAA